AUGGCUGCAGCUCUCUCCUUGCUGGAGGUUUGUGGUGAGGACCCGGAGCCGGAGAGGGACGGCGAGGCCGGCACGGUGGGGAGCGACGGGGGAGAGAGGAGCCUGCUGUCAGCUGGGGAUGGAGAAGGUGACUUUACCCACCUGGAGGGAGAUGAGGAAGGGUACAAAGAGGAGCAUGAUAGGAACAGCAGGCACUCAGAAGAUGAUGAUUUACAGACUGAAAAACGUAAGGCUGGUGACCUAAAGGAAUCCCAAGAAGUGGAGGAAAGAGAUCUUCAGGAACCGGUUGCUUCUUUUUCAGAGAGAGUGUGGAACACGUCUCCAGAUGAGAUGAAAAUCCCUCCUGAGCCUCCUGGCAGAUGUUCUAACCAAUUGCAGGAUAAAACUAAAAAGCUGUAUGAGAGGAAAAUGAAAGAGGACAUGGAUAUGAACUACAGCAUCCAGAACAAAAAGGAAUUUUGCAACCCCAGCAUCUAUGAAAAGCUGAUCCAGUUUUGUUCCAUUGAUGAAAUUGGUACAAAUUACCCAAAGGACAUGUUUGAUCCUCAUAGCUGGUCAGAGGAUUCAUAUUAUGAGGCCCUAGCUAAAGCCCAGAAGACUGAGAUGGACAAAUUGAAGGCGGCCAAGAAAGAACGUACAGAAAUUGAAUUUGUGACUGGCACUAAAAAGGGUACAACAACAACUGCUGCUUCCACAACCACCACAACAUCCAGCACCACUGUGGGAGAUGCCCAGAAGGUGAGGAGGAGCAAGUGACACGUGUUGAGGAAGGGUCUCAAAGAAUGACUCAUAAAAUUACAUCAUCUCAUUGCGAGCUCCUGCACACUGAGGGGAGGAACCAAACAUUCCUACCUGGAUAUAGUCUGAGGCCUGGAACACCACAGGAGCAACACCACUGGAUUUGCAGAGGACAAGGGCUCCAUAACCACCACGGAACCUCCAGAGAAGGACCAGAUCUUUCUACAGGAUCACUGCUUUGACAGAACCACAUCCAUCACUCCAACAGCUCCCAUUUAACUGGACUGCUACCCCACCCUGACCAACAGGCUGGCAGGUCGUACUCUGAUUCUAUCAGUCUAAACCAGGGUUUCUGUACUACCGCCUUUACUUUAAUUUUCCUAUUAAAUUGUAGUUCUGACUUGGAAUCUCCUGCUGGUUUGCUUUCAGACUAGUACACUGCCCCAUCACUUUCUGGCAGAAUCCAGGAAUGUUUCUGUCCUGACAUUGUCUCCACCAAGCCCUACAGGCAUUCCUUUCCCAGACAGCAGCAGGAAUGGGAACAGGAUGAAUCACAAGCUGAGGGUAACCUGGGCUAUGGGACCUCACUCCCUUUGGCUCUGUGGAAAUCAUGGAAUCCCAGAGUGGUUUGGGUUGGAAGGGACCUUCAGGAUCAUGCAGUUCUACCCUCUGCCAUGGAAGGACACUCCACUAUCCCAGGUUGCUCCAAGCCCCAUCCAACCUGGCCUUGGAUGCCCCCAGGGACAGGGCAGCCACAGCAUUUCCAGGCAACCUCAACAACCCAUCCCAAACCAUCACACUCAGUGCCACCAGAGACCAGGAGGCACAUGCAGAGCUCAGCACAGGGACACUCCACGGCCUGGCCUCACAGGAUCCUGCCCAGGAGAAGCAGAUAUCUGGGAUUUUCCCUUUAUUCCCUUCCUCCAGGCGGCAGCCGAGCCUCUCCCGGCCCCGCCCGCGGCCCUGAGUGGCAGUGAAUGAACUGCCCUGACAUCUCCUCUUGAAGCAAAGCAAAAUGUGUUGAAGAUAAACCAGUUCCAGAUGUUUUCCCAGUGUUGCCAAGUUACUCAACAUGUUCUGCUUUAGUUGUCAGAUGCUUUCAAAGCGAUUUCCCUAACUCCGAGCACGAAUGGUGAGGGCUCUCCCUGGGAAUCUUCUGCCUGGGGCUACCAUGGAUCUGUAUUUUCAUAAGAAAAAGACUCAGCUAAUGAUUAAUGUUCCCCAGAGGAAGCGGGGCCUUUCUUUGGGAUUUUUCUUCAGUUAUUUUUAAUUAAUUUGUACAACUGGCAGCUACAUGAAAGUGCAAAACCCGGGAAUAACGCUGGACCCGACUCCUUUUGCUCCUUCUCUCUGCCCACACCUGGAGCUUGUGGAGACAUCAUCACCCCUCACUUCCCUGGGGAUGAGAAACCCCCUCACCAGGGAGGAAUCACUGCUUCCCACUGGGAAUUUUCUCUGAGCAAAGAGAAGUUUGUCCACUGAAGGAAAAGUAAUUUUUACAUAUUAAUCCCAACACGGGGCAUCUUCUUUAGGAAGAAGAGAUAAGAACAUGGGAUGAAGAGGACAAAGCCCCUUGGGUUUAAGUUCCUAGUGGGAUAAAUAAUUUAGAGCUCACAUAUUCCAAGGUGGCUUUGGGAAUGUGGAAAGCAUUUGGGAUUGCAAAAGGCCCCUGCUUGAGUGGACACAGGGCUUGGGGUGAAGCAUCCCUGGACACAGUAAGGAAGCCCUUCCCCUGCUUAUCCAGGCACAUUCCUUCUUUAUCCAAGCACACUCACUCCUUUUCCAGGCACAUUCCCUCCACUUUGUAAUAAAAAUAAUGCCAGUAGUGUUAAGUGAGACAAUGUCACUGUCUGCUUCCCGGGCUGUUCUUUCAGAAAGCAAAGCCAGAGUACUUGGGGAUGGAGGAUUAGGAGGUUGUAAUGUCAGACCAAAGGCAGGAAUUUUAUCCGAUGGGCUCCUGAUGAUGGACUGCUCCAUACACCACUUCCAGCUGCUCCUGCUCUGGGAACAGCCUUGUCUGGAUCCGUUUAAGCAGAUUGGCAAAGUGUUGAAUGCAGCAUAUGGUGCCCUAAAACCACAAAACUUAUUGACAGCAGCCCAGACUCACUAAAGAAAAGAUCUUCUACAGCCUCGCUCUGGGAAGACCCAGACUUUCCUCCCACUUGCAGCAGGUAAAGCCCAUCCCAUGCUCCCAGAGUGGAUCCGCAUCCCAUGUGUUCUCUCUGGCAUCUCAUCCUCUUAGAAACACCCCUCGGGAGCUGUGGCCUGGAAAGCACAAGGAUCUCCUGUCCUGGUGGCCUCCUCACUCCUGGUGGAUGGGGCUCAAACCUCCCCAGUAGCCACCCAAACCAGCCCAGCUCUGAAUUGGCUCCGCUUCCCGAUUCACUGGGAUGCAACACCUCCCGAGGGAAGCCUCCAGCAGGUGUUAGGGAAGCUGAAACUGUUCCUCACAGCUCCCAGGUUAUCCCAGCAAAUCCCUGCCAGCACCCCCUGAAGAAGACUUGGGUUGUUGGAUCUCACUCCUGCAGCUCUGUGGAAAUAAUGGAAUCAUGGAAUGGCUUAGGUUGAAGGGAUCUUAAAGCCCAUUCUGUUUCACCCUC